AUGGACCAAUAUUGUCUUAUUCCAUACACAGAUGUUACUGGAGAGAUCUAUCACAUUGCUAUAUUGUAUAUUAUUCCAUUAGUCUGUAUCGCAGUGACGUAUUUGUGGAUAACAGUAUUUAUACGUCAAUCAUCGCGCGUAUCAUUAGUUAUUAUUUUAGCAAAACAGCAACAACGAAAUUUGAGAGAUUUAACAAUCAUAAAACGUAUCGUAAUAUUGAUAUCAGUAUUAGUAGUAUUACGUUUCCCAACAGUUAUUUUUAUGGUGUACGCACGUAUUGUUGGUCAUUUACAUCCGUUAACAUACGGUAUAGUUGGUUUAAUUACAUCACCAUGUCUAAUAUUCAUCGGAUUGAUAACGAUUUAUAUAACACCACAGUUACAAAGAAAUAUAUUCAUUUUUCUUCGUCACCACGACAGUCAAGUACAUGUGCAGCCAGCACCAAUGCAUCACUUGAGGGUGAGGGGUGAAGGUGAUCAUUUGAAAAUGCCAACAACGAUACAUGAUGGCUAUGGACGAAAUGAACAACUACAACUGCCUUAUGAUCACAAAUUAGCAUCAUGUGAAGUACGAAGUGGACAAAGAUCGCCAAUUAAAUUAGAAUUACAUCAACAAGUGAUUGGUGAAAUGAUAAGCUAUUCUCAAUAG